AUGGGAAACGACGAGUGGUUCUUUUUCACGCCGCGCGACCGGAAAUACCCGUCCGGGCUGCGGUCGAAUCGCGCCACGCCUGCGGGGUAUUGGAAGGCGACCGGGAAGGACCGGCCCGUGUUCGCCGCGAAUCGCGGAGGAGGAGGAGGGGGCUCGAGCAGUGGCGGUGGAGGUGGAGGUUCCGGCGCGACGACGGUUAUUGGCUUCAAAAAGACGCUCGUUUUCUAUCGCGGGCGUGCGCCAGCCGGCGAGAAGACGGACUGGGUGAUGCAGGAGUACCGCCUACCAGACAGCUCCGACGACAUCGCCAGCCUAAUGCUACCGGCCGCCAAUUCCGCCGGCAGCGCUGACGUCACCAUCGCCGCGCCGCCGUCCCCGUCCGCGUCGGGCUGGCAGAGCGCAAGCGGCCCGUCGGGAAUGACCUUGUCGCAGUGGGUGGUCGUGCGCGUGUACACGCGCGGAGCGCUUCCGCAGCAGGCGCAGCCUGGGCAGGGCGGCGGAAGCAGCGGGGGGAGACUAACAGCGCCUGGGGGCUUGGGCCACGCGCUCCAGGCGCAUGCGGAAAAAUCGGCGGGAAAAGCGAGAAGAGCUGCAAAAGCGGAACCAGAGGAAGGGCCUGAACAGCAGGAGAUGAUUUUGGACUCUGGCGGCAGCGGAAGCUUUCCGCCAAGCGCUGGGCCGAGCACGGAGACGGCGGGAGGGGGCUCGGUUCCGCAGUCUCCACUCGAGUCCCCGCGCCUGCCUCUUCCACAGGUUCACUUUCCCAUUAGUCCGCGCCAACCCUCCGCAAACGCCGCUGUUUCCGCAGGAGCUUCCGCUUCCGCCACUUCUGGUGCAGGCGGAAUUGGCCUCACAGUCGGAACCCUCGGGCCUGCGCCUGGACACAUUUCAAGACUUGCAAGAGCGCAAAGCUUGGCGCAAUCCGCUGUUAUGGAGGAGAGCCAUGGGCAAGUUGGGGAGACCGAGCGCAGCACAGAGGCGCAUCUGGAAAGCGGGCAGAAAAACGGGCAGAAAAGCGGGCAGGAAAGAGGGUUGGAGAGUGGACAGGAAAGCGGCCAGGGAGGUGGAGGAAAUGAAUCCGCAGAGGCCUUUUCGAAGCUUCUUGCCGAGUAUGUGUCAGGGCAGAGAGAGAACGAUGGGCCUGCAAGUAUUCUCUCUUGGCAGACGGACCCAGCAGCCACGACAAGCGUGUUUCCCGCGUGCCAGGAACAGCAGAUGCAGCAGAAUGAGGAGGCACAAGGGACAGGGCGGUAUGAGGGGGUUCAAGAGACGCAGGGCGUGGUGCUGCAUGGAGAAGAAACGGCAGACGUUCAGGCCGCUGCUGGGGAAGCAUCCGAGAAGCAGCACAACCAGGCAAACUCAGCCGGUCCGUCUCACAAUCCCUCUAGGCCCACCACCCCGCCGGCAACCACUCCCCUGCCUGACUCUUUGACUUUUGAGUCGACUCAAAAGUCAACUUCUCCGCUGCUUGACUCUUUCCUGGCCGUGCCAACCCCGUCCUCCACACUGACCACUCCUGGCAUGCCUCGGGAUCUCCUUGGGCUGGAAACCCUGAUGACGCCUAUGGACCUGACUGCUACUGGCUGGUGGGCUGCUGCUGACGCUGCUACUGCUGCUGGUUGUGCUGCUGGUGGCGCUGCUGCUGGUGCUGCUGCCGCUGCUGCUGCUGCUGCUGGCGAUGUCACCGUUGCUGCUGGUAAUGCUGCGGCUGGGGGUGAUGGUGCGGGUGCUGCUGGCGCUGAUUCAAGGGUCCGGUUUCGCGAGGGCGAGAGUGCCGCACAGGCCAGUGGCUGUGGCAGUGAGAGCGGCAGUGAGCUGAGUUCCCCAUGCACUAACACCACUCACACCCUCCUCACUGCCUCUGCAAGCGAUGGUGAAUUUGCAGGGGAAGUGGCCGGCCCUGCUGCUGCUGCUGCUGCUGCUGCUGCUGCUGCUGCUGCUGCUCAGUCAGUAGUUGCUGCAGACGCAGACUGUGCAGAUGCAGAGGCAGUGCGCUUUGCUGCUGGCGAUGGUCCUGUUGGGGCAGACCUUGCAAUACCCCAGCUCCCACACCAGCAAUGUCUGCAACAACAGCAGCAGGGGCAGCAGCAGCAGGGGCAGCAGCAGCAGCAGCAGCAGCUGCUGCAUCUAUCCACCGCUGCAGCAGCGAUUGCAUCAGACCGUUUUUCCAUGCUCUCCUCCCCUCCCCUGCCGCCCGAGAUGAUGACCGAGCUCACCGAGCUGCUGCUACGCUCGGCAGUUGCCCAGCCUAGUGACUCAGGUGCGAGGCCAGCAGGCUCGGAAGCAGGCUCGGCGCAAGCGUGCAGUGAAGGGAAGGAUGGUGGUGCAGGACAAAUCAGUAGGCAGUUCCAGCAACCAUUAUGGGCGACUAAGGCACACCAGCAGCAGCGCCAGCAGGAGCAAGGGCAGGAGAAGAAUAGAGCACAGCGAAGGAAGCAGGUUCGGUCCCCGAAGCGGAGUCGAGGGGAGGGUGAGUUUGAGGGGCUGAUGGUGAUGGAAGCAGGUGGAGCUGCAGAUGGGGUUUCCAUGGAGGCAAGCCACUUGUCAAUGGAAGGCGUGGUGGUUCGGCCCUUGUCCAAGCGAAGGAGCUUCGUUGCGGACGAGAUUGAGGAUGGUUCGGGUGGUUUGGGCGCGGUGAAGGACAGCGGAGUGGGAGAGGAGGGCACCGUGGGGGAGAAUUCGCAGCCUGAUAUUCUCAACAUGCUGAAGCAGAUCUUGGGGUGA